UUUGUCGAUAUCGAAUUUACCGCAAUCUUAUCUUAAAACGCAUGACAGAUUAAAUUAGUUUAUGUUUAGCUCCAGAGUCGACGUGAAAAUGUCGCUCGACGUAAAUAUAAGUGAGCCAGAUGAAUUCAACUGCAUGGAACUGCAUAGUGCUAUCAAAAAUGUCGCUGAUGCCAUGGAUAUUAAGGAAUUCAGUUAUCAUGUAGAUUACUUGAAUGGCAGUGGUUACAUAGCUAAUGUGUUUCGAGUAAUUAUAACAGAAAAUGGCAGUGAUAAGCGUGUCAGUGUUAUAGUGAAAACACUUGUUAACACGGCGAGGAAGGAAUUGUUUCGUGAAUUACAUAAUCGAGAAGUAGAAGCGUAUAUUAAUGUUAUAGAAACGUUUAGAGAAUUGCAAAAGGAUAUAAUUGAUGCUAAACGGCUUGUAUUACCAGUUUGUAUUUAUUCCAGUACAGAAAAAGGGAAUGAAGUUCUUAUAUUUGAAGAUUUACUAGUGUCAGGAUAUGAAGUGAAUGAUACAUUGGAUAAAAAUAAUAAACUAGAAUAUUCACAUGUCGAAUUAAUAUUUUCUAAUUUAGCUAAAUUCCACGCUUUGUCACAUGUGUUUGAGAAGAAUAAUAGUGACUUGUAUAAUGAUAUUGCAAAGAACUUCCAUGAUUUACUAUUUCAAGAUAGCUUCUUAAACAAAAGCAAACUUAGAAAUUAUUUUCCGGAGUCUUUUGACAUUUCUCUGAAUGUAAUUAAUGAUUUGGAUGUUAAGAAGAAAUUAGAAACAAUUAAACCGAAGCUGUUACCGCUCUUCCGUAUGUAUGUUGAGCCAAGGAAAAUGAAUGUAUUUUGCCAUGGAGAUUUUUGGAUAAAUAACAUACUGUUUAAAAUAAAGGGCGAGACAACCGAACUAUGCUUUUUGGAUUUCCAAACAAUGAGAUUUACCAAUCCAGUCACCGAUUUAAUUUACUUCAUAUACUUGUGUACAGAUGCCCAAUUCAGAUCUGAAUACUUUGAUAAACUUAUCGAAGUUUACUAUGACAGUUUUGAAUCUUUCUUAUCUCUCUUUAAUAUAGAAGCGAAUCUUAUAUAUACUAGAGAAGAAUUAGUUAAAGACGUAGAAGAAACAAUGGUAUUAGGUUUAUUAAUUGCAUUAGUUGAAUUGAGAGUCGUAGCCGUUCCUCAGGAAGGUGUUGCUAAGGAAAGUCAAACUGACUCUGAACAAGAUCUCUCGAAGAUAACGCAAGAAGAUAAUAGUAUGUUUAUUGCAAGAAUUAACGAUGUUGUCACAGAAUCUAUAGGGAAUGGUGUUCUUGAUAAACUUUUAAAUGUAGCAGCAGCGAUAGAAUGAAUAAAAUAUGUCUGGAAUUUAUUUUAUUUAAAUUUAUAAAAUAUCUAGGUAGUAAUAAGUACAAUAUUUAAAUUGAAAUUAAGUAAGCGGCAAGAAUAUCCCUAAUUUUUUUCGUUACAAAAUACAAUA